GGCAAUGUUGGGGAUGUAGAAAAAAAGGAAACCGGAGCAAAGAGAGCGCAAGGGAGAAAUAGGGAGACAACACUAACUGGGUAGCUAUGGAGAUAGUAGGUUUUCCUGGUAGCUUUCUUUGACAGGUGUCGAGUGGGAUAAAAUAAAGUAUCAGAACAGCGUCCAAGAUGUACGGCAAGGGUAAAGGAGCUGUGGUCCCCUCCGAUAGCCAAGCAAGAGAAAAGUUAGCGUUAUAUGUGUACGAGUACCUGCUACAUGUGGGAGCACAGAAGUCCGCACAGACCUUCCUGUCUGAGAUUCGAUGGGAGAAGAAUAUUACAUUAGGGGAGCCCCCUGGAUUCCUCCAUUCGUGGUGGUGCGUAUUCUGGGAUUUGUAUUGUGCGGCUCCAGACCGAAGGGAGACAUGCGAGCACUCCAGUGAGGCAAAGGCCUUCCAUGACUAUAGCGCAGCGGCAGCGCCCAGCCCAGUGAUGGGCAACAUGCCCCCGAACGACGCCAUGCCAGGUGGUCCCAUGCCCCCAGGCUUCUUCCAGGGACCGCCCGGCUCUCAGCAGUCCCCCCACGCACAGCCCCCCCCACACAACCCCAGCAACCCCAUGAUGGGACCCCAUGGCCAGCCAUUCAUGUCACCACGGUAUCCAGGUGGACCGCGCCCCGCACUCCGAAUGCCAAAUCAGCCUCCAGGAGGAAUCCCUGGCUCUCAGCCUCUCCUGCCAAACAGUUUGGACCCGACAAGGCCGCAAGGACAUCCUAACAUGGGUGGACCAAUGAGAAUGAACCCUCCUCGAGGAAUGGCCAUGGGCCCACAGAAUUAUGGAGGUAUGAGGCCUCCUCCCAACUCCAUGGGUGGUCCCAUGCCAGGAAUGAACAUGGGUCCCGGAGGAAGAGGGCCCUGGCCAGGACCUAAUGCUAACUCUAUAGCGUACUCCUCCUCAUCUCCAGGGAACUACGUGGGUCCUCCAGGCGGAGGAGGUCCACCUGGAACUCCCAUCAUGCCCAGCCCAGGUGAUUCAACAAACUCCAGUGAAAACAUCUACACAAUGAUGAAUCCUAUCGGACCAGGAGGCAACAGACCCAAUUUCCCUAUGGGACCUGGGCCUGAUGGGCCAAUGGGAGCAAUGGGAGCCAUGGAGCCACACCACAUGAAUGGAUCACUAGGGUCUGGGGAUAUGGAUGGGUUGCCAAAGAGCUCCCCUAAUAACAUGGGGGGCAUGAACAACCCUCCUGGAACGCCGAGAGAUGACGGCGAAAUGGGCGGGAACUUCUUGAACCCAUUCCAAAGCGAAAGUUAUUCACCCAACAUGACGAUGAGUGUGUGAUUUUAUUUUGUCCUCUUUUUUUUUUUUUGUAUUUUUGUUUAUCCCCCCCCCCCCUCCUAUUUUUUGUACCCCUGCACC